CGUCAUCUGGUUGAAGAAACGAAAGUAAAUCGUCAGUAUCUUUGAGUCAUCUGCAGAAGUUUUUGGUAAAAAAAUUCACCGCAAUAGUGUUUCGUUAGCAAGAUGUUUCGUACGUCGAUUUUCGAUAAAAGUUUGGAAAAUGCCACCAGCAACCUAAACCUGGAGCCCGACUGGCAGGCAAUCUUGGUCAUUUGUGAUGCAAUCCGGCAGGGCGAUGCGAACGCCAAGUAUGCCGUGCAGGCGCUGAAGAAGAAGAUGCAAUCUCCGAAUCCCAUCACGGCCCUGUACGCCCUGCUGGUGUUGGAAAGCAUGGUCAAAAACUGUGGCACGCCGGUGCACGAUGAGAUCGCUAACAAGGCCAACUGUGAGAUGUUCCAGAACUUGGUCAACACCACAAAGCACGAAGAGGUGCGGGCGAAGAUGCUGGAGCUUAUACAAGCGUGGGCGUAUGCUUUCCGUUCGACUAUCAAGUAUCGAUCGAUAAAGGAUACGAUGAACAUUUUGAAAACGGAAGGUCACAAGUUCCCGGAGCUAAAGGAGGCGGACGCCAUGUUUUCCUCCGAUAUUGCCCCGGACUGGGUCGAUGGGGAUGUGUGCCACCGCUGUCGGUCGCAGUUCACGUUCACCGUACGCAAGCACCACUGCCGCAACUGUGGACAGGUUUUCUGCGCCCAGUGUUCGUCGAAAAACAGCACGCUGCCCAAGUUUGGCAUCGAAAAGGAGGUGCGUGUGUGCGACGGUUGUUACGCGCAGCUGCAGCGCCCGGUUGCCACGUUGACGAAGAAACCGACCGAGGAGGAGGACCUGCCGGCGGAAUAUCUGACCAGCUCGCUGGCCCAGCAAGCCCAGGGACCGGCUCGUAAAACCGACGAGGAGCUACGCGAAGAGGAAGAGCUACAGCUCGCCCUGGCACUCAGCCAGUCGGAGGCGGAAACGAAGCAAGCGGGCCAAGCGCGCCGCCAGACGUUCCACAAGACGUCACCCUCACCGGAACCACAGCAGAUGCCGCAGGCCCAGGUCAAGCGUAGUCCUUCGCCGAUCGAGGAACCACCGACGGAUCCGGAAUUGGCGCGCUAUCUGAACCGUAACUACUGGGAGCAGCGGCAGGUAAUGGACUCACCAGCAUCACCGUCCGCUCCGAGCCCGAUGCCGAGCCCGAUGCCAUCGAUGCAGCCCGUUAGCGCACUGCUGAUGACGAAGAGUGCACCGGAGGAUGCGGUAAUCGAUGAGUUUUCCAACUCGAUGAAAACGCAGGUGGAAAUCUUUGUGAACCGCAUGAAGUCGAACUCGAGUCGUGGGCGGAGCAUUUCGUGUGACAGCGCCGUGCAGACGCUCUUCCUCACGCUGACCAACCUUCACGCCCGGCUGCUCACCUUCAUCAAGGACAUGGACGACAAGCGGAUGUGGUACGAGCAGUUGCAGGACAAGUUGACGCAAAUCAAGGAUUCGCGUGCGGCACUCGAUGUGCUGCGCCAGGAGCACCAGGAGAAGCUGCAGCGUAUCGCGGAGGAACAGGAGCGUCAGAGGCAGCUACAGAUGGCCCAGAAGUUGGAGAUAAUGCGCAAGAAGAAGCAGGAAUAUCUGCAGUACCAGCGGCAGGUUGCGCUGCAGCGCAUCCAGGAGCAGGAGCGCGAAAUGCAGAUGCGCCAGGAGCAACAGAAGGCACAGUAUCGUAUGGGGACGGCGUUCCCGUUCAUGGGCGGACCGCAGGCACCCGGCCAAGGGCCACAAAACUCUCCGGUGCAUGUAGGCCUACCGGGCCCGUACGGACCGGCGCCGGGCUACGGGUACGGUGGUCCAAUGCCCCCAUCGAACGGAACAUUGCCACACUAUCCCCAUCCAGGUGGUCCGGGUGCACCGCAGCAGCAACAACCACCGCAUCCCUCACAGCAAAUGUUUUCGCCACAGCACACUCAAGGGCCGCAAUACGGAAUGCCGGGUGCAUCGGCUCCGGGAGCUGAUGGACAACCCGGACCGGGUGGUCCUCCCAUGCCCGGUGGCCCAGGUAUUAUUCCUCCCGGUAUGAAUGUGAUGCCGGGUCAGGUUCCUCCACCGGGUCCGAUGGGGCACAUGCCAGGGGCACCAAUGAUGGGACCCCCACCGCCACCGCAACAACAACAACAACAACAACCGCCACCGCCGCCGCCCCAGCAGCAGCAGCAGCCUCCGCAACCUCAGCAGGCUCAACCCGGUAUGAUGGGUCCCGUCAAUCCCAUGCAACCUGGACCACAACAGCCGCCAAUGGGACCGGAUCACCAGCAGCAAACGGUUCAAGGCCCACCGGUUACGAUGCCACAGGUGGUUCAGGCUGUCCAGCCUGCUCCGGAACCGACCCCAGCACCACCGGCCGCCGCCCCUCAGCCACCACAACCAGCUGCCGGUGCUCCUGAGCCAGCCACAGCGGAACUGAUCAGUUUUGAUUAGAUUUCUGGGCUGCUGACCGGUUAGUUCGACAUUUGAGGUUGUUUGUCCUUCUAUGAACAAAAACGUAGCACAAUUGGUUCAGAACUCGCCAGUCUUUUGCUAAUUUUUCUUAUUUGCUUUGCUACGUAAUCCAGUUUCCAUAUAUUGUAUUGGGCACACUCUCUGGAAGAUGUGAAAUAAGUAUGUUAUGCGCAGCAACUCGAUAAAUAAAUAAAUCAUAUUUCUAUUCCACUAC